AUGGAGAGCGCCAACCAGCGACCAGCAGGGGACGUAGCAACAGAUGCAACGGCAACCCGUACACCGCUGUCGUCGAACCUGUCUGCGGAAACCGCGUCUCCGGGUACGGCACCAGCAGCGCUGCACCCGGAGACUGCUGGACCAGAGUCCGCUGUUUCGGCUUCAGAAGCCCUGGACAACUGGCGCAGACGAGUAUGCAAAGCACUACACAAACUUACGACAGCGGAGUCGAUCUCCUCCAUAACCUCUGGGCUUCAGGUGCAUAGAGGAAAGCUUGCAGCCCUCGCAGACCUACUCGAGGAGCUCCACUUCAUCGAGUGCUGGGUACACGAGCUCGCCCUUCGUCGCGAAGCCGCACGCCUCGCAUCCGACUGUGCUUCACCGGAGCAGUCAGCAACCCGCGAAGAACCGCUCGUUAUUCCCGAUAUUCCAGCGUGUUUUGCCGACUCCCUCCUGAACUGGCAGGGCAUAUUCACGGAAACUUGCAAGCCAUCACCGCUCGACAUAGCCCUGUAUACCUGGCGAACAUGUUUCGGAGUUCUUCUGGCGGCUGCGAUCCAGCAUGCAGUCGCUAUCGAUGGCCACGCGCUGGUCCUCGAUUACCUAACCUCCUUCCUGACCCGCACUGGCUACUUUCAACAGAGCGUCUGCAGCGCAUGCCUGGCGAAACAGGCCACCACAACGCACCACCGGAUACACGGCUGGCAACCGCUACUCGAUAUGGUACCAAACGCGCUCAAUCUCUGGGAGACGACGCAGCUCGUUCAGCUUCUGCUUUGUAUCAUGCGAGGGUUCCUUUCCCUGUUAGCCAUCGAGUGCGCCGUAGCGACACUGCAGCUUUGCGAGCAAAUUCUCAAGCGACUGCAGUUGCUGGCCGGAGAAACCGGUAUACGCGCACCCGACACCGCCGACACCGCCCCGCGUGCGGAGAUUUUCCAGGUACCCGACGAAACACCAGAGUCGAUGAUCCAGAGUCAAGAGCGUCCACGCGAAACGCUGCCCAUUCCAGUGGCUCCCGAAAUGCCGUCCAGUGCGUCCACGGGGGAAGCGCUGCCAGAGCGCACGUCGUUCGAAGCUGUCCCUGCAAUGACCUCCGAUAUCGUCCAGGGGCAAAGUCGAAUAGCGCAACCCGCUCUGGAAAUGACCGUGCAAGCGUUGCGGGCAUUGCUGUUGUUUCAUCGCGGCCUUCUGGACGGUAUGCGCGGUGCCCACGAGGACAGCAUUGAUGCCUUCGAUGCGGCAGUGAUUCUGUGUGAAUCGCUCGAUCAUGGCGACUGGGCGUUAACCCCAGAAUCCGAAGCGAUGCUGCCGUCGGCAGCGGUGCCCAGCGGCCUAUUCCGUACUGCACCUAUUCGGGACUGGGUUCGAGUUGCCUACAACAACAGCGCCCUCUGCAGUGUGCAAGUGGAAGAUCUUGCGGAUGCUCUGGAGAAACUUGAUCAGGCGAAGCGUUUCUCGGUUUCAGCAGCGACGGCAUGGCUAUCGGAUCCGUGUUCGUUAGGACGCAACGAGGACGUGGAGCGCUCUGCGGAGAUGCCGCUGCAUUCCGAGGAGCACUGUGUGCAUGCCCAUUACGCCUGGGUUGCGGAGCGUGUGCCGUGGGAGCUGCAGCCUACCGACCAUAGUGCGGCCCUAGAAUGGUCCUCGGUUAUCCAGCAAUUCGAGGAUACGAGUCUCAGACGCUGA